AUGGCGGAGCUCUACGUGAAGCCGGGUGAGGGGGCGCGGGACGGGCUGCGCUUCCGGAACGGGGGGAACCACGAGCGUGGCUGGAACGACCCCCCCCAGUUCUCGUACGGGCUGCAGGCGCAGGCUGGGGGGCCCAGGCGAACCCCCCUCACCCGCCGAGCCCCCCCACCGCCCGCGGGGGCACCCCCAGGGGGUGACAAGGGGGACGGCGUGGCAGGUGCUCAGGUCCUGGCUCCUGGUCGGGCUGAUGGGGCUCCACCAGUGCCUCGUCUUGCAGGGGCUCCUCCGGACCCAGCCAGUGCCCCCGCGGCCUCUGCAGCAGCAUCACCCCCGCGGGCACUGGGCCCGCCUCCCCUGGGCCCCAUCAGCCCCCCCCGGGCAGAGGGCGGGAAGCCGAGCGCAGCAGCAGGCCCCGAGGAGUGCAGCGUGCCCGCAGACACCGUGCUGGCCCCGCUGAGGGAGGCCCUGGCUGCCUGCCGCCCCAGCGUGCAGAAACAAGUGUGCGACGACAUCGCGCGGCGUCUGAUGGUGCUGGAGGACGCGUGGGCUCAGGGGAAGUUGUCAGCCCCGGUGAGGAAGAGGAUGAGCCUCCUGGUGCAAGAGCUCCAGCAGCAGCACUGGGAUGCGGCUGACGAGAUCCACCGCUCGCUCAUGGUGGACCAUGUGAAUGAGGUGAGCCAGUGGCUGGUGGGGGUAAAGCGCCUGAUCGCCGAGAGCAGGAGCCUGCCCACAGUGGAUGCUGACAUGGACGGAAGUGCUGAGGCUGAGGCUGAGCCUGGCCAGGAGGAGCCCUGA